AUGGAUCUCCGGGGUAUACUGAAUGAUAGCGGCCCUUCAACAGCAGCGCCGAGCAAGCCGCCGCAGCCGCCAGCACAGCAGCCAGCACAGCAGCCCACGCUCCCGUCGACACCGAUCCAAGCAAAUCCGUCGCAGUCGUUCCGCGACUACAGCCAGACCCAGCCGUCACCCGGCCGACACAUCGCGCAGGAUUAUGGCGCACAGCUUCUGCCAUCUGGCGCAUUCGCAUCUCCGCCCCCAUUUCAGACCGCUGCUGCUGGCCCGUACGCCAGCCGACCCCCACCGCCGCAGCUCCAACAAAUGCCAACUGCCGACCUCCGAUCUCCGAGUCUCGCUGCCGGGCCGACACCCUCUCCAUACCGGCAGACCCCGUCCGCUUCUCUCAGCAGUGCAAGCGGCUACCCAUUCCCACCGCAACAAAGCCCGACAAGUCCUGUACAACGACAUCAGUACCCGCCGGCCAGCACGUACCAUCGGGACAGCUAUCCGCCGCCAGCUGCUCCGGCCGGUAUGACAGGCCCGCCUGCCACUGCCUCGUAUAUGCAGGCGUCGCACAUUCCCCAGACCCCCCGGGUUGGGACACCCGGUACGGCGCACCCUUAUAUGCACAGGUCUCAGUCGUCUCACUCGACGCCUACACCGACUUCCGCCCACAGCCAGCCGGCACAAUAUGGCGCACCGUACACUCAUGGCAGCCCCGUGGCAACGCCGCGUCCUCUCGCGCAAGCGGACCCUCAACAGCACCAAUCCUCGCAACCGCCCACUCCGGGAGGAGCAGCUCCCCUGUCGGCCCGCCCGGCCCAGUCCAUAGGGUACGGCCAGCCGCCAAGCCCGUACCAGCAGCGUUUAGCCGCCCCGGGUUUCCACCUGACGUCACGAACCUCGCCGCCGCCUCCGCCGCCGCCAUCGUUGCCCAGGCAGUCGAGUGAUCAAAGCUUCGCUGAUUCCCGCAACCAGGACUCCGUCCGGGGCCCACAGUCUCAGAGCGACAGAGACCGAAGCUUAAGCGUUAGUCCCAAAACGCGCGUCCCCAGUUUGCCAAGCAGCUCUGGCCGACCGGGGACUUCAGUUUCCAUUUCGGAGCCAGACUCACGCCCUACCGCAAUCCAACCCGCGCCGAUUAUGUCAGAGCGCGCCGCUACUCCGGCCAAGCGGAAGCUAGAAGAUCGUGAGCUACAGCCAGACGAGUUGGAGAAGCGGGACGCACGGCCUCCCCCAUUUGAAGACCGGAACAGUCGUCCCGCUCGCGCUGAUGCUGGUAGCUCUGUGCAGCAUCCGACCGUACCGAUGACGACCGUCCAAAAGAGGAGGGCGCAUCGGGUUGUUCCUCCAUGGGCACAGUCGCGCAAAGAUCAAGCCCCGAGUAAUCCCAACCGAAUCCUAUAUCAACCGCUCGCGCAAAAUGGCACGCAGGUCAACGGCAAGCCCGAUCGGCAGCCGGCCCGCACCGACCGCGUCCAAAGUCGCCACGCAUCGCCGGAGGAGAAACGCUCCAUGGCAUCGAUCACUCCAGCAACCAGCGUGCCCCCGGAAGCAGUCAGCCAGUGGGGAGCACUGGGCCCCUGGGAGGCGAGCAUUACCAACUCGGUUCCUCAGGAGUCAUUUACCAAGGCGAUCGCGGAUUUCAUAUUUCAAUACGUCAUCCUAAACCAAGACAGAGGCGAAAUCCAAAGUCGCGGUGUCAAAUUCGAAAUUGAAGCCAAACUCGGCAUGCUCAUCGACAAAUCCACGAACCAUCGUGUGGACCUCCCGGUCCUUUCUGAAUGCGUCCUCAACGAUAGCGGUAAUUGGCUCGGGUUCCGCUCUACCAUGACGGAGAAAGAGCACAGGUCGUUCAACGAGUUUCUCAACUAUCUCGUUCAGCAAACUCACCCCGCCAACAAGGCCGCCCACGCCGGUCUGCCACGACCCCGUCUCCCGAUCGACUACCGCCACCGCUACGAGGUCGACACGUUCUACGAGAUCCCCGCCUCACACCGCGAUCGCAUGCUCCCGGUAUGCGUUGCCAGGCCCAUCGCCGCCAAGGGCCACGGCGCGAGGGUACGGGUCACGCAUGACCAGAAGACGAAGAAAGUGCUCAGCAAGAUUGUGAAGGCCCGCAUCGCCGACAUCAGCCUGCACUUCCCUGACCAGCCGCUAGACUGUAGGAUCAGCGUGAAUCUCGAAAUGGACUGGGACGGCGAGAUCGCGGAACUGGAGAGCAUGGCCGCUGCGUCGGGACGUCCGCCCAUCCCAGCGCGGAACAAGGAUCGAUUGAGUUACAAGCAUGGGUGCUACCAGAUUGAUUUAACGCAGGUGACUCAGAGCGUCGGCGGACAAGGUAAUCCGCGCACAGAGAAGGAGCACGAACUGGAAGUCGAGAUUGAUCCCACCCCACUCAUUGAUCAGGGCCAGAGGGCCAUGGAGGGUCAACCUCAUCAGUACGUCGAGGUGGUGGAGGGGUUAGUCAAUAAUAUCCGGAUCCUAGCGCGGAAGGCGAAGGAAUUCGGGUCAUAG